AUGGCGAGCUGAGCCAUAGGUUUUUACCAACCUCUGGGGACUUUUUCGGUAAGGGUGGGGGGAGCAUCAGACUGCGCAAAUAGAGAUUGGGUCAAAUUGUGGCCAAAAUUUGUGCAAAUAUGUGUGAUUUGUGUAAUUUCAGCAAGUUCUGACUGCAAUUUGCUAAUUUGCACAAUUUUGGGCUGCAACUCAUGCAAAUUACUGUCAUGCUUUGCACAAUUUGCCUAAAGGAUGGCUGUAAUUUUUGUAAACUGCCCAGGGAGCUUCAGAUAUUGGGUGGUAUAGAAAUGUAAUAAAUAAAUAAAUUGCGCAAAUGAAAACACGCACAUAAAAUUUGCUGACUUAACUGGCUGCAGACUGAGUUGGGCCAGUUAGUGGAAAAGAGACUAAAGUCUGGGCAGGGAGAGCCAGUGAAAAUUGGUUGAGAUCCACUCCCCCAAAGGGGUCUUGCAACAUCCAUAGCUUGAAUGAAGACCUCAGCAAACCUGCUUCCCUUUUCCUUUAUAUGGUCAUGAUGUAUCCCGACUGUCGCCUUAUACAGUAUCGGAGCUGACACAGGAGCCAAGUACUUUAGACAACCCUUGGGAAAGGAAGUGGAUGCUAGAAUUUGACUGGUCUGAGCUGCCCCAGACCUCUGUUAGGCACGGACAGGGGAGAGCUUAUGGAUUACCAGUUUCUUUAGUCUGCCAAAUUCCCUGCCCAACAAAGCAACAAGUCUUCAUAAGACCAUAAGAAGAACCAUGUUGGAUCAGACCAAGGGUCCAUCUAGUCCAGCAUUCUGUUAACACAGUGGCCAACCAGCUGUUGACCAGGGACUCAUACGCAGGACACGAGUGCAAUAGCAGCACCCUCCCACCCACAUUUCCCAACAACUGGUGUACAUAGGCUUACUGCUUCUGAUCCUGGAUGUAGGCUCCUUCUCUAGCUUCUUUCAGGAGGGCUUGUAACAACAAACUUUCUGUUCUGUUGUACUGCAGACAGUUGUUUGGCACAGGACUAUUGUCACGUACGUACUCUGAGCUGAAACCAGAGCCAAGAAUCUUACGCAAGCCUGGCCUGGGCAAUCAUGAAGAGCCGGGGGCUAGAUAUAGCUCAGGUGGGGCUGGCAAAGGGCUUUCUCAGUUGGGGAUCAGCUGGCAAGAGAGAUGUCGGUGCUGAACGUGCGCAGUGUCCUGGUGACAGGAUCCAACCGAGGCCUCGGCUUGGAGCUGGUCAGGCAGCUGGCGGGGAAAAGCAACUGGCCUGAAUGGAUCUUUGCCACCUGCCGAGACCCAGAGGGACCGCGUGCCCAGGACUUAAAGAACUUGGCUGCCAAGCACCAGCAAAUCGCAAUCAUCCCACUGGACACUUCUGAGCCAUCCAGCAUCAGGGCUGCUGCAGCCAGAGUCACCGAUCAUCUGAAAGGAGCUGGAUUGAAUCUGGUGAUAAACAAUGCUGGAACUGGAACACCAUGUAAUUUAGAAUCGGAGACACCAGAGGAAAUGUCUAGGGUGUACAAGACCAAUGUGGUUGGGCCUAUGGUGAUGAGCCAGGUGUUCCUGCCUUUGCUGAGGAAGGCAGCUCAGGAAAGCUCCCAGGAAGGGAUGAGCUGCAGCAAAGCAGCCAUUGUCAACAUAAGCAGCAAAAUCGGCACCAUCACAACUAUCUUGGGGUGGCAUGUAUCACAUGGUCUCUCAUACCGUUGCAGCAAGGUGGCUCUGAACAUGCUCACACAGUGCCAGUCCCUGGCAUACGCCCAAGACAAGAUCCUCUGCAUUGCUCUGCACCCCGGAUGGGUGCAGACAGACAUGGGAAAUUUACUGGGACAGCCCCCAUUGACAGCGGAGCUCAGUGUGCGAGAGUCCCUGAACACCCUUGCCCGUCUCUCAGAGAAAGACAGUGGCACGUUUGUGGACAGAGCGGGUAAUUCCCUUCCUUGGUGAGACGCUCAACAGCUCUUCAUCUGCAUUGCAAAUAUCUGACUCGCCAUG